AUGGCCCAGAAUCAGGGGGAGGUUCAAGUGGGAACACCGAAUCAACCCGUGAAAGACAAAGAUAUUUAUGCUUGUUUACCUGAUAUGCGAGUGAAUGGUCCUUUAGGACCUGAUGAACCGUGUCCCGGUGGUGAAGAAUUACGUUGGCUGCCAGCUCAGGCGACAGAUCGUGACCUUGUUAUGUACUUACGUGCGGCCCGCUCAAUGGCAGCGUUCGCUGGAAUGUGUGACGGUGGCUCUCCAGAUGACGGCUGUGUAGCAGCUAGUCGUGAUGACACUACAAUCAAUGCACUAGACGUUUUACAUGACUCGGGUUAUGACCCUGGACGAGCUCUACAAGCACUGGUUAAGUGCCCUGUCCCUAAAGGUAUUGAAAAAAAGUGGACGGAAGAGGAAACAAAAAGAUUUGUCAAAGGUAUCCGUCAGUUUGGUAAGAAUUUUUUUAAAAUUAAGAAAGAUUUACUGCCUCACAAGGAUACUGCGGAGCUUGUAGAGUUUUAUUAUCUGUGGAAAAAGACCCCUGGUGCUAGUAGCAACAGACCUCAUAGAAGACGUAGACAAGCAUCAUUGAGACGAGUUCGUAAUACACGAAAUUCUAGAGCAGGCACACCUAAGGAACAAACACCAGAAACUACUCCAGUGCCUGACACAAUUGGCUCACGACCUUCACCUAACCCUAAAGAGGCUGGAGAAAUGAGUUCUGUAACUGAAGAUGAAAAUUCUGAGGAAGACAGUGAUUCACGGGAUGCAGGAGACUUGGCUAGAAAUAGACAACAGUCGAACAGGAGA